AUGGACCUUCGGACUCCUCUCGGACUCUACAGCUUUGCCCGAGAGCGAGAACACUUGGCAAAUCCAACCUGCAGCUUUGAGCGUCAACGACUGCUAACAUCUCAUGCUACCAGCAGACUGACACUCAGCCAGGUAUUGUCUGGUCAUAGAGGAUGUGUGAAUGCUCUUAGAUACGAGCCAGGCCCACCAUCCUCAAAGAACAGUCCGGCACCAACCAAACUCCUAUCUCGAUUCCCUACAGGCCAUCGCGCAAACAUAUUCAGUGCCAAAUUCAUGCCUGCUACAGGCGACGCGGUCGUCCUGUGCUGUGCUGGUGACGGUGACGUAAAAGUUAUCGACAUCUCCAUCGGUGCUUCCCGACAGACACUACGGUCAACGUACUCUUGUUUUAGAGAUCGUGCUAAAAGAAUCGUUACCACGCCUGGAGAUCCAAACGUAUUCAUCGCAUGUGGAGAAGAUGGCACCGUACGGAGAUUCGACUUACGAACACCUCAUCGAUGCACUACAAGCAAUCGCAGUUGUCCUGCUCCAAUUAUCGACUUGUCAGAUCACUCUAUCGAGCUCAACACCAUCUCGCAGAGUCAUUUGAAUACGAAUUACGUGGCUGUUGCUGGUGCGGAUCCUCAUAUGUACCUUUAUGAUGUGCGGUCGGCAAAGGUGCCAGUAUCAAAGUUUCGCCCGUCGUCAGUUAAAGCAUCAGGGAAUAUAACCGCGUGUAAAUUCUCAGAGUAUAAUGGAAGGGAGCUGCUUGGAAGUUGGCACAAUGACCAUAUAUACUUGUUUGACAUCUCUUCAUCGGCUGCUGUUGGAAACUUUAUAUCACCAGGCUCAACAUUCAGACACUCUUCCAUUCGGCAACGGGUCAAAGUCGAUACUGCUCAACCAUCUCCUUUUCCACAACCGAUAAAAACAGAUCCAAUAGCUUCCCUUAUCGAUUUAUUCCAACAAGCAGCAUUGGAGUAUGAAGUAAACAAAGAUUACGAAGCAUCCAUCACACAUCUCUCAAAAGUCGCUCAAGUACUCAACGAGAAAAAGAUGCUCAAAUCAUCAAAGUCUCAAAAAAUGUGUGCCAUGGCACGUCGAAACAUGGCUAGAGCGUAUCUGGCAUGGGGCGCAUCCGAUUUUGAUAAGAUAGAGUCGUCAACAACAACAACGGUAGUGGUUAAACAGCCUGAAAGUCCAUUGAAACGAAAACGAACUGCCACUACUGGUACAGAAGAUAAUGAUAUAGACAUGAUACCAAACUUGGAACCAGACUCUUCAUCUCCACCCAUAUUUAUUAUAACACCAUCAAAAGAAGGAGAAGCAGGUGACGGAUACCAAAACACAAACAUGGUAAUCCUGCAACGACUCAUGAAUGCUGGGUCGGAAGCUACAGAGGCCAUGGAAUAUGCUGAUUCGAAUGUGGCUCCGUCGCUUGUACUUCGAGUUGCAUCAUCAUGGGCUGUAUAUAUUGUUGAUCCAAGCUACAAGGAAGGAAGCAUUGAACAAGCUGAAAGCGAUCUGGAUGGUAUUGAUUGGCCAGUUGAUGACAAACUCGCUGAUGCAAUCGUCGAUGUCACGAACGGUGUCAUGAAUAACGGAGAUGCGGAAUCGUUUUUGAAUUGGAUGUGUGACCAUCAAUCUAAACUUGAGGUUCCGGAAUCAUGCAGUAUCAGUACUGAUGUACGAGUACAGGAAAUCAACGAUCCAGAUGGGAAAUUGAAGCAUGUUGUCGCUGCUGCUGAUGCCGAUGAUGAUGAGGAAGGAGCUGAUGAUGAUUGGGAUGCGUUUAAUGAUAUGGAUGCGAAUGAGGGAGGAGAGGGCAAUAUGGAAUCAUCGGAUGAAUCGGGAAGUGAUUCGGAAUUGAUGCCGUCAAGGAGGAAUCGGGUGGCGUUUCCACAGACAGAGUUGAUUUCUACGUAUACCCAAAAGUAUAGUGGACAUAUCAAUUCGCAGACUGUCAAGGAUGUGAAUUUUAUUGGGCAUGAUUCGAGUCUUGUUGUUAGUGGGAGUGAUAAUGGAUUGUUUUUUAUCUGGGACAAGAAGACUUCGCGGAUCUUGCAAAUACUACGUGGUGAUGAGCAAGUAGUGAAUGUCGUUGAGUCUCAUCCAUAUCUGCCAACUGUCGCUGUAUCUGGAAUUGAUGAUACCGUCAAACUAUUCGAACCCAUAUACCCAAAACAAGCCUCCGAACAAAUCACCACUUCAGCACCCUCAUCAUCAUCCACCACCUCAUCAACUCCCCAACCCACAACAAACUCAUCUCCACGCCUAUCACACCGUUCAAUGGGCCUCUCACACCGGCUCCGCACAGCAUCAAACGCAACCACCCCAUCUCUCACACAACCAUUCACGAGCGAUGCGUCAACGACCUUCCCAGGCGGUACCUUCGCCAGUGAAGCUGGACUACCCGUAUCAAGCUCACUCUUGCAGCACCAGGAUGCGAUUGUCGCCGAGUCUGAUGAGAGGAGGAAUGAUCAGGAUGGAGAGUUGGUUAUUACGAGAAGUAUGUUGAGAAGUUUAUUGUCUACGAUGGGGAGACAGAGGGGUAGUGGUGCGGGUAGUAGUGCUACUGGUGGGCAAGGCGGCGGAGGUGGUGGUGAUGAGGAGGAAGAGGAUGGCGAAUGUCCUGUACAGUAA